AAAUUUUUCACCCUUGUACCAAAUAUAGGCAUGCAUCGAUCUUCGGAAAAAUGCACUGACGUUUGAUGAUGCCGAUAUACCAUUUUUGAAUGAACAUGAACUUCCUGAAAAACAACGCAUGAUUGAGGUCCAUGGAAGUGCGGAGGACGAAAUGCCCGGUGAAGCAAGAGUUGCAGGAACGCAAGCGGCUGCAAAUGCGGCGCAGGGUGUAGAAGGGACGUUGCAGCCACCGACGGGAACCACGAUUCCGAGCACAUCUCAAACCACUACAAGAUAUCCAGAAAGUGAUAUCAAUGUCUUGGUCAAUCUUGGUGUGAGUCGACAGGAAGCGAUCCAUGCAUUGGAGAUGUCCGGAGGGAACCCUGAUUUGGCAGCGAGUCUGUUAUUUCAAAACUGAUUGCCGAAAUCGCCUAGUGGCAGCCUGUCAAGUUGGAAGCACGUGCCUUGACCGAAAAUGCUACGAUGUGCUGUUUACCAAUAACCAUUUUUGGAUGGCUGACUUUCAGUUUCCUCCUUGCCCCUCUGUCUCCUUUUCAAAAAUUUG